AUGGGUAAAAUAGUCGGCCAGGAGAGGGUCGCAGCCUGGUUAAGGCAACUUUCCUUAGAGAAGAAAACUCUAACAUCAAAAUCAACGGGUAGAUCAGACUCAAACGAUGACAAACACCAGGGGGGAGUUGCCAUCAUCCUCAACAAAUCAUCUUCUAAAUCACUCAUUGAGUAUAAUCCAGUCAGUGAAAGAAUAAUAACAGCAAGACUAAAUACAAAACCUAUAAAGACAUCAAUCAUCCAAGUCUAUUCUCCAACAAAUGAAGCUGAUAAAGAAAUUAAGAUAGAAUUUUAUGAAAUGCUUCAAGCUGAGAUAGAGAAAAUCCCCAAAAAAGACCUAACAAUCAUCAUGGGAGAUUUUAAUGCUAAAGUAGGGCAAGACAACAGUGGUUUUGAGAGAAUAAUGGGAAAACAUGGCUGUGGGAUCAUGAACGAAAAUGGAGAACAUCUAGUAGACUUCUGUGGACUGAACAAUCUUGUAAUAGGUGGAACAUUGUUCCGACACAAGGAUGUCCAUAAGCUGACCUGGGUAUCACCUGGAGGCAGAGAUAAAAACCAAAUCGACCACAUAGCAAUUAAUUGGAAAUGGAGGAGAUCCUUACAGGAUGUGAGAGUAAGGCGAGGCGCUGAUGUUGGAAGUGACCAUCAUCUUGUCACAGCAAACAUCAAACUCAAACUAAUGAGAGCAUCAGAACCUUGCAGGGUACAGAGAUUCGACACAGGGAAACUCAGACACAUGAAAACCAACCAUGACUUCAAAUUAGAACUGAAGAAUCGCUUUCAACUCUUAGAACAACUAAAAAGUAACAACACUGAAGAAAGUGAAACAGUAGAUGAACAAUGGCAAGAAGUGGAAAAUCUGUUUAAAAAGACCAGUGAAAAAAUAUUGGGUUUCAAACGCCAAAAGCACAAAGAAUGGAUCAAACAAGAGACAUGGUCGCUGAUUGACAACAGGAAAGAGCUAAAGAAAAAGAUCUGCAACACUCACUCUGAUAGACUAAAAGACAGACUAAGGGACCAAUACUCUAACUGUAACAAGGACGUUAAGAAAGCCACCAGAAAAGAUAAGAAAGAUUUCACCGAGGGAUUGGCUCUAGAGGCUGAAAAAGCUGCGUCUGAGCAAAGAAUGGGCGACCUUUACCAAAUUACGAAGAAACUUUGUGGUCAAAAAAGAAACACCAACAUGCCAGUAAAAGACAAACAGGGUAAUCUAAUAACAUCUGAAAGAGAACAAGAGAAUAGAUGGAAUGAGCACUUCAAAGAAGUAUUAAAUAGGCCAGAACCAGAAACAACAGCAAACAUACCCAUAGCAGAGCACGACCUUGAAAUUUGGCAAAAUAUCAAGAUACCGAAAAACUGGUCAGAAGGUAACAUCAUAAGACUGGCUAAGAAAGGUGAUCUCACAAACUGCAACAACUGGAGAGGAAUCACCUUAUUACCAAUUCCAAGCAAAACUUUCACCAAAAUCUUAAUAGACAGAAUUAAAACAGCAAUUGAUAACAAACUCAGAAAAGAACAGGCAGGCUUUAGAAAAGGAAGGAGUUGUUGUGACCACAUAUUUGUGCUACGAAACAUCAUUGAACAGUGCACAGAAUGGCAGAGACAAUUAAUAAUCAACUUUAUAGACUUUGAAAAAGCCUUUGACAGCAUACACAGAGAAAGCUUAUGGAAGAUUUUACGAUGCUAUGGAAUACCAGCAAAAAUAGUACAACUUAUCAAAAUGUUCUAUACAGAAUUCAGAUGCACUGUGGGAACUUCAUCAGACAUCAGCUUUCUAGUAAAAUCUGGAGUUAGACAAGGCUGUGUUAUGUCUUCCCUUCUAUUCAUUAUAGUUGUCGAUUGGGUAAUGAAUUCCACCAUCAGUAACAGCAACAACACAGGCAUUAGGUGGACUCUUUUUAACUACCUAGAAGAUCUGGACUAUGCAGAUGAUCUGGCCUUAUUGUCGCAUCUAGAAACACACAUGCAAGACAAAACCACUAAGUUACAAAAGAAUGCAAGUUUGAUUGGAUUAAACAUCAACAUCAAGAAAUCAGAAGUCAUGCCUCUUAAUACCACAGAGCCUCCUUUAAUAGAUUUAAAUGGAACACCCCUAGACUGCACUUCAUCUUUCACCUACUUGGGCAGCAUAGUAACAUCUGAAGGAGGAGCAGACAAAGACAUCAGAGCCAGAAUAGGAAAAGCAAGAACUGCAUUUUUAAAACUAAGACACAUCUGGAAGACAGGCAACAUCAGUAAGAACACCAAAAUAAGAUUAUACAACAGUUGUGUACUAGCAGUGCUACUAUAUGGGGCGGAAUGCUGGAGAAUGACAGAAAAAGACAUCAACAAGCUCUCCAGUGUUCACAACGGUUGCCUUAGAAAGAUCUUAAGGAUAUUCUGGCCGCGUAAGAUCUCCAACAAAGACCUCCAUGAAACAACAGGAUCCAACAACAUGGAGACUUUAUUGAAGCAGAAAAGAUGGAGAUGGAUUGGCCAUGUUCUAAGAAGACCAGCAGAGGACUUGACAAGAGUAGCCUUAAGAUGGACACAUGAGGGGAAAAGGAAGAAAGGACGCCCCAAAACAACUUGGAGAAGAACAGUUGAAGCUGAAAUGAAAGAACAUGGAAUCAGCUGGGGUGUAAUAGAAAAGAAAACACAGAACAGAGAUGAGUGGAAAGAACUAGUCCUUGUCCUAUGUGCCCCCGGGCAUAAUAAGGACUAG